CCCUUCAUGGUCUGUCCAGCAGUGCAGCAGCAGCAGAUUAAAGGCGGGAGAAGGAGAGGACAUGAGGACAGAACAGCAGCUGCCGAAGACAUGAAAACGUGUAUUUAAUCGAGUCCAAAAUCUGGUGAAUAAGUGAAAACAUUGAGACCAGAACUGGAUAUUUAGAGCUCAAUGUUUUUUUUAAUUAGUAUUAUAGCACAGAAAACCAGGGAGAGAAAUAUUCUGACUGCUGCACCUGCUGCAUGAAGUCCUCAGCAGUGAUUUGUGUUGGUCAGAUUUAAGGGACAACAUCAAACCAGGACUCCAAGAUGACAAAGCUGUUUGUGUGACCUAAGCUGAGGAAUUCAGUGUCAGCAUGCAGAACAUUUGCAGCUCGGAUUUGGACUCUAAUGAGAAGUAAUGAGCUGCCCUCUGUUUGGAUCUGGAUGUUGACACCUAAUCUUUGCUUGAGAGGUGCCAGCUGCAGUGGAAACAUCAACAGACAAAACCAAGACCAGUGUGUGCCACAGGGUUUCAUGUGGCUAUUAACAGACAUGUUUAUGUCCACGGAUGAAUGUUAUCAACGUCACCAUGGCGACAAUCAGUGCUGAAGCGGUCGCGUUGCAUUCCCAAACGCUGUCAGGAAUUCAGUUCAUAAGAGAAAACUAGUCAGCGAGAAUGGCUGCCACAAAGCUUCUGGAUGAGAUGUGCCAUCUGACGGCUCAAUCUCUGACAGCGAUGGACACGUCAGAGCACUUCCAGGUCCUAAAGCUGCUGGGCGAAGGCUCAUAUGGAAAAGUAAUGCUGGCUGUGCACAGAAAAAGAGGAACUCCAAUGGCUUUGAAGCUCUUCCCACGGGAAUCCACCUCACUUUUCUCCUUCCUGAGGGAGUACAAUCUCUCCUUGUCAUUCUGCACCCAUCCGUCUCUGACCAGAGCUCUGGGAAUCGCGUACUCCACCCCGUCACAUUACAUCUUCGCUCAGCAAGCCAGCCUCUUUGGUGAUCUCUUUGACGUAAUCACACCAGAGGUGGGGAUGGAGGACGACUGCUGUCAGCGGGUGGUGUCCCAGCUGUGUGGAGCUCUGUCCCACCUCCACUCCCUUGGUUUUGUCCACAGAGAUGUCAAACCUGAGAAUGUCUUUCUGUGUGACUCUGCGUGUCGAUGGGUCAAACUUGGAGACUUUGGCAUGGUGAAGGCCAGGGGAACCAGAAUCCCAGAGGUCUGGUAUAGUUCUCCUUACUGCACCCCGGAGGCUGAGAUUGCUCGAGGAAACGAGGACAGCUGGAGCAGCACAAAUGACGAAAACGGUAACUUUCAGGAGGAUGAGGAAAAGAAGAAAACAAAGAAGCAGAGAGUUUGGGCGUCUGUGGAGCCCAGCACAGACAGCUGGGCGCUGGGCAUCCUCACAUACGCCAUGCUCACCGGCAGUCACCCCUGGGCUGAGACAGCCAGCGACUGCUGCUCAUACGUAAAGUAUCGAGAUUGGUUUGAAAGUGCAGAAGGUCCUGAUGAUGAACUGGAUGUGUGGGUAGAACCUGACACAGAGAGCACACAGGGAGCCACUGAUCUGAAUGGAAACAGACAGAAGGACGGUUCACCUGUCGCCCCUCAGUUUGCCUGUUUCACACAGUUAGCCUGCUCCUUCUUCCAAUCGCUUCUCGACCCCAGGCCGCAACUUCGAGGAAGUCCUGAGGACGCUCUGAGUUACCUUGGAGACCACUGGAUGAUGGAGAAAGAGAGGAUGAGACAGGAGAAGGAGAGGAAGAAGAAUAGUGGGAAGACUGCAAUUAAAUCGGUGAAAGAGAUGGAGGGGAGAGGAGAGCGGUGAGCAAAGAUGGCUAAAGAAGACUUAAGACUGUGUGAUCAAGAUGAAAAUGCAGUCAUGCUUGUUACUUAGCAUUGCACUGUUUUAAAAUGUAUCAACCUAAAAUCCUGUUUAUAUUCCUGAAUAUGAAUAUUGCAAUCUCUAUUUUUGUAAUUUUUGUAAUUUAUGCAAUUUUUUUUAUUUUAUUUUAUUUUUGGGGGGAUCUGGAAUGUGUGAAAAAGUUAGUCACUGUAGAUGCCAUAGAAACCAAGCUAUGCAGUCAGGAAAAGUAUGUUACCGUAACUUUUCAUAAUAAACUCUCCAAAGUUAUGAUA